AAACAUGUAAUAGAUGUGAACGUAUAACCUAGAUUAAGGUAUAAAAAUAUUAAUCGAAAUUAUUAUGAAAAAUAUUCUCUAAAUAAUGACGAAAUGGGUAACGUAGAAAAAGAUAACACUAUUCAGUUUCUUGACUUGACUGGUAUAGAUGAGCAAGAGCGACAUUGGUUACUAUCCACAUUGUUUUCUGCUAAUGAACGAAUCAGAUUUCCAUGGAAAAGUUGUUCGCAAGCAAAAUUAAACGGAAAAAAUUAUGCUGAAAUAGCAUCAAGUUCAUAUGAAACUCAUGUAAAAAAUGGUCUGUUAAACUGCACUGAAAACGUUGUCUCAAAGGCCAACGUAAAUGUUAGUUAUAAGGUAGAUAUAGAUCCCCAGGUAUUAAGUCACCCAGGUUCACAUCAAAUUUUGUCAGAGGCAAACAGAAUUCAGUCUUACGCUGUUCAUUCACAAUCAACCACGAGCAGUGUUGUUCAGCAGUUGAACACCACAAAAUACAGCCCACUGAACAAUUUAGGUUUUCAAGCUAAUGAUGUCAAAGAACCAGUCAUUUCGCUGCCAGGCAAUCAUUCAGCAAAUUCACUUACUCAAGAUAGUAGUCGUAUGUCUAUCAACAAUAAUAAAAAUUAUGAUUGUAGUUAUGAAGGCUAUAAUAAUCUAAAAUGUGAAACUGCUCUGGACUCUUAUAUUAAAUGUGAUAAUAUUUCUUCAGAAAAUGAAGAUGUGUCUGCUCAUACAAAUAGUAAAGAAGACUUAAAACAAAAUGAUUCAGAUGAGAAACAAAAAUUAAAUAAUGUAAAUGUUUCAACACCAGUUAAUUCAUGGGCUAGUUUAUUCAAUAAACCAAAAAAUGAAAAGCCUUCUGAGAGUGUUAUUCAGUCAAAGCCUCAUAAUUUUGAACAAGUGUUUAGCCAGAACAACAAUUCUAACAAUAAAGGUAAACAUCCUAAAAUAUAUCUGGGGGAUCCUUGUUUACAUCGAAUGGGAGAAUUUUUCAUAAACUUCACUGUGAAAAACCAAAUAAUUAGUCUGCAACCCCGAGGACUUAUAAACAAGAGUAAUUAUUGUUACAUAAAUUCAAUAUUGCAAGCUCUAAUAGCAUGCCCCCCCUUCUACAACCUGUUCUACGAAUUGUCUAGAGACACCUCGUUCUUGAAUGAAAAAAGAAAGGAUGCUCCUGUUAUUACAAAUGUGAUGAAGUUCAUCAAUGAAUUCAAUCAUUUGCCUGCAGACUUGAGAAUAAAUAGACGUACAGAUAAAAAUUCAAAGAAGAAAGAGUUAAAAGUAAUGAUAAAUUGUGAUCCACCAAUAGAGCCUAAUUACAUAUAUAAAAUGUUAAACGGGAUAAGAACAGAUACUUUUCUGGUGGAAGGAAGACAAGAAGAUGCUGAAGAAUUUUUAGGAUGUCUUUUAAACGGUCUCAAUGAUGAAAUGCUAGAGUUAAUUAAAAUAGUUGAUGAUGUAUAUGCAGAAAAUAACAUUAACAUUGAUAAAAGUAAAACAGAUGAUAAUCAGUUGGACAAGGACAAAGAGUGGCAGGUAAUGGGUCCCAAAAACAAAGGUAGUGUCACAAGGAGAAUGGAAUUUAUUAAAACACCAAUCAGCAACAUUUUCGGGGGAUCCUUACGUUCCAGAAUACACAGGGCGGGGGAUUUGUCAACUGAUAACAUACAACCGUUUUUCACAUUACCGCUUAAUAUAGAAAAAGCCACGUCUGUGAGGGAAGCAUUAGAGGUACUAAUUUCAAAAAAUCAAUUAGAAGGGGUAACAUCGUCACGAACAAAUCAGGAAGUCGAAGCGUGGCAACAAGUGACCCUUGAACAGCUCCCUGUUGUCUUAAUACUUCACUUGAAAUGUUUUGACUACAAAAUGGACGGUUGUUCGAAAAUAAUUAAAGCUUUAGAAUUCCCGGUUGAUUUAAAAAUAGAUUCGAAAUUGUUAUCAUCUAAAAAUAACUAUACAGCAAAAGAGAAGCAAUACAAGUUGUUUGCUGUGGUCUACCAUGAUGGUAAAGAGGCGACCAAAGGUCAUUAUAUCACAGACAGUUAUCACAUCGGAUAUGCAAGUUGGUUGAGGUAUGACGAUUCUUCUGUUAAAGUUGUUUUAGAGGAUCAAGUACUUAAACCACAUGGAACUAAAGUUCCUUAUUUACUUUUCUAUAGAAGAAGCGAUUCUGUUAAGAGUAAAUAGAAAUAAAAAGGCCUUUUUAUAUAUA